AUGAAGACAAAAGAGCAAAUCGUUAUUUUCAUUUGUUUGCUACAAGGUGUUUGGUGUGUAGAUUGGAGCAUCAGUCUGCCAGAGAAGAUUGAAGCUCUGAGUGGAUUCUGUGUGAUCAUAAACUGCAGAUUUACUAUUAAUAACAAAUAUGACAAAGAUCUCACUGACAGUGCUGCAGGAGUGUGGUAUAAGGAUGGGACUAAAGACAACAACAUUGUGUUUAACUCCAGCAACUUCAAACUCUCUUUUAAAGGGAAAAUAACUGGACAAUUAAAAGACAAGGACUGUACGACAAUUUUUAAUAAUGUUACUUCAAAUCACAUAGGCACAUUUUACUUCAGGAUUGAGGGUAAUGGUCCACUGAAAUAUAUCUAUCAUCAAAAAUCUGUUUCAAUAGAUGUGAUCGACUCUCCCUCCAAUCCCACAGUGCAGAUGUUUAAGGAUCAGAUGGAGGUUGAGGUUCAUGAGGAGGUGUUAGAGGGGAGCUCUAUGUGUCUGCGCUGCUCUGCUAAGACUCUCUGCUCCUCUUCUCCACCAACUCUCACAUGGAGCUCCACUGACAGACUCCACCUCAAUGAGAGCAGCAGACUACAGCUGGAUCAACAGAAACAAACUGAGAUCAUCUCUGAUCUGAACUUCACUGCUACUCACCUUCAACAUGGAGUCACUUUCAUCUGCACUAUAACCUACCAGCUACAGCAGAGGAACACAACAGCACAGAGCAACAUCACAUUAUGUGUUCAGUAUGCUCCUAAAAACACAUCAGUGUCUGUGUUUCCAUCUAACUCUGUACUGGAGGGCAGUUCAGUGACUUUGAUCUGCAGCAGUGAUGGAAAUCCAGCAGUGUUCAACUACACCUGGUACAGAGAGAAUGGAGGACAGAUGAAGGAGCUGCAGACUGGAUAUAAUCUCACCUUCAAUGUGACUGAUUGUACACACACAGGACGCUACUACUGUCAAGCCAAAAACCAACAUGGCACCCAAAACACAUCAGUGUUGCUGGACAUUCAGUAUGCACCCAAAAUCUCUGUCUUCAGCUGUAACAGAACUGAUGUAACUGUGUGUUUGUGUGAGGCUCAUGGGAAUCCCUCUCCUAAAGUGGAGUGGUUUCUAUCUGGACGUCCUGUCAGUAACUUUACAAACACAUUCAUCAGUGAGGAGCGAUUGAACAGCACAGACUUGAGGAGCUUAAUUUCUCUCCAUCAGUCACUUACACACACAGACACUCUGCAGUGUGUCACCAUCAACACUCACAGCAAUGCCAGUGAAAAGAUUCAAGUGCUUCACUGUUCUCAUAAGACAAAUUGUCAGGAAACUUUAAUUCCACUCCUGAUCAUUUUAACGCCGAUUCUCAUCCUAUAUGCUCUGACUGUUGGAUUUGCACUUUACAGAAAUAAACAAUUGAGCAACAAGCUGAAGGUUCACAAUAAUGCAGGCACAUAUGCUUCUCUUCAGCCUUCUGCUUCGAUGUCUGAAUAUGAGACUUUGAAAUUAAGAAAGGUGACACAAUAAACAACAAAUAUACAUGUGUCCCUCUGGAUAUAAAUAAAUGAUUUAUUUAAAUUAAUAAUGAAUAAAACGUACUAUCUACUCCACCUUCAUGCAACAGUGUAGCUUUGAUGUUAACAGUGCUUGAAGUGGGCCGGUACUCACCGGUACGCAGUACUGGCACUCUAUUUUUUAUUUUUAGCGUACCUGCACUUUUUCUUGCGUUCCGACACUUCUUACAAGGUGUGGUACUGUGCCUCUUCGAGUCAAAGCAUCAGUGUGGGUGAUUAAUAUUAAUGACAAUGUGUAAUCACACUACACAGAGGGGUCACUAAGUGAAUUAUUUUAUUUAUCUUCUCGCCAAAUCACGCGAAUAAAAGCCAUUUAUCUGAAGCUUUCUUUAAUAAUUUAAAUACCCAGUGAUCUUCAGAAGAAGUCCAAAAGGAUGUGUCAGGCAAAAACACCCAGAUAAAAUAAACACUGUCCACAGGGCUCGACAUCAACACCCAUUUACAAACGCCUGUAGAUUUCAGUGUAAGACUCCUUCUAGCCACUUUGGCGGGUUGAAUAUAAUUUUGUUAUUGUAGUUUUCUUAAAAGCCAUGUGAAAUAAGAAGCAAUGCGAGGUGCGACACUACAAAACUACAGCUGCCAUGAGCACUCCCUGCUUAUAAAGAGCUCAGGGCGUACAGUAUCAGCGCACGUCCAGUUUUGUGCAAAGGCAAAUUAAACUCAGUCAUAUUCUUUGUUUUUUCUCAUUGUGAUGGAUGAUUAAGGGAAUUUGGGCUUUGCUUACCCCCCUCUUUAUAUUUCUGUGAAACAGAAAGCCAGAGCUGAAUGAUUUUAUGUUCAUAAUCAUACUGGAGUGCUCAAAAUUGUUAAUAUGAAUUCGAAUAUACUUCAGAGAUAUUUUUGUCAUAAGAAUUUCUAGGGGUGCCAAUAAUUGUGUCCUACGAGUAUUUAAGAAAAACAUUAAUUUCAUGAAGUGAGUGAAAGAAGAGGGUUAUGAUAGAAAGAGAUGUGUGCCUUUCAAAUACGUUUUACAUUAAUGUAAACUAGGCAAACCUAUUUUAUUUAUAUAACAGUCUUUAUACCAUUAUGUUCAACCUUGCUCAUCAUGGUUACAGUCAGUGUUUUUAGAUAUUGGUAAGAUGUGUAUUAAGUGUGUAUUAAGACAAAGGGUGCUACAGUAGAGAUGCUAAAGAUAGCUGCUUGGGUACUUAUAGGAACAUUUGUUGUUGCCUUUUUUAAAAAUUUGAGGUCCAGUGUAUACACCGCAUAUAGUAUAUACAGUGUAUAAUUUCUUGUAUCCAUGACAACCAUGCAAGGAUGCUUACUUCAUUGCCACCCCUCGUAGUUCUCAUGCCACCCCAUAAAUAAUUUUCUAGA